AUGAAACGCAGGAAACCAGCUCUCAUCUCAACAGCUGAACCACUGUCGGAUGACGAGUUCAUCACCGAAUCGAGAGCAUCAGCAAAAGCUUAUGCAGAGGUACAGAAGAUCCAAGCUGAGCGGGAGAGGAUCAAGGAGGAUAAUAAGGAGAGGAAGAAAAGAGGGGAACAAGCAUUAGCUCUACCCAAAUUACCUGGAACAAAACGGAAAUCCGAAGGUGUCUUUAAAAAGGAUGAAUACGAGAGUAAUUCUAGCGAAGAUGAGGAUGAGGAAAGCUGGCUAGAAUAUGGGGAGGGAAAGAGGGUGAAGAAGAGGAAAAGGGAUGAAGAUCUGAAAUAUGAAGGUCAGGUCAUUCUACCUUUCAAUCCCCUAUACCACCUCUCAGGUUUACCGGAUCCAGAGAACAAAGCGGCAGAAGCUGAAGCAGCCAAGCAGAAGAUGAUCGACAGGUUAGCCGGGAGAAAGUCAACUUCUAGUCCUGUCAGGAGUUCGCCAAUACCAGCAAGCAGUAGUAGCCCCAUGAAGCCAUCCCUUUGUACAGGUAUAUCUGGCCAGGAUACCGAAGAUAACGAAGAUGAUCGACUACUUGAAGAAGCUCCCGAAGGAGACUACGACGAUGAAGAGAAUGAGGUGAUUGUGCCAUGGGGGCGUACGGUCAAGGUAGAAAAAGGAAAUGGAGCUGAGAUAGAGGAAGAAGGUGUAUAUUCUGAGGAUGAAGAGUUGUUUGCUAAAACACCUACCCAGACUAAACCACGGAAAUCGACCUCACAAGGUGGCCUUGAAUCGGAUGAUCUGCCUCCUUACAGACCAACCUUCCCCUUCAGCGAAGAGCAGGCCAAAAUAGGUCCAUACCCUUUAGAUGAGGAAGCAACAGAUAUAGCUGUUCCUCAAUCGAUCAAUCGGUUUUUGAAGGCAUAUCAGCAGGUCGGAGCUAAAUUCCUGUAUGAACAUUACAAGCAAGGGAUGGGAGGGAUAUUAGGGGAUGACAUGGGUCUUGGGAAGACCAUUCAAGUCAUAUCCUUUGUGAGUACUUCAGCCGAUCAUCAAAGGCGGAAACGAAUGAUAAGACAAUCGAGCGAGGAUCUCAAUCCACGCCAUUGGCCUACAGCUCUUAUUGUAUGCCCAAAGUCUUUGGUCGGAAAUUGGAGCAGGGAGCUGGAUACUUGGGGCUACUUCGAAUAUGCUAUUUGGAGAUCCGACAACUGGUCAGAUGUGCGAAGUUCAUUCAUGCAGGGAUUUCAUGACAUCAUCUUGACUUCCUACGAUACUGCACGAAAUACCAUCGAACACCUCAAGAGUAUACCUUUAUCCGUGGUGAUCGUUGACGAGGCUCAUCGGAUGAAAGAACCUGGAGCACAAGCUACUUUAGCCUUAAAGUCUAUCGACUGCAAGAUCUGUUUUGCUUUAACGGGUACAUUGGUGCAGAAUAGGAUGGACGAGAUGUGGAGUGUGCUAGACUUUACUCACCGCGGGUGGGCUGGUACUCUCAAAGAAUGGAAAGAGUUCGCUGUCAAUCCUAUCAAACGAGGGCAUAGACACGAAGGUACUGCUGCAGAAGUCAUUACAGCAAUUAUGAGACUUGGUGUUAUGACCCAGAAGAUUUUGCCUCAUUUCUACUUGAGGCGAGAUAAGCGUUUGAUCGCUCAUGAACUUCCGGAAAAGCGUGACAUGGUGGUCUUUUGCCCUUUGGCAGAGAUGCAGAUCUUCGCAUAUCGCAACCUCAUAGCAUCUGAGGACAUUCAAUUCUUGCUUCGGCGUAAUGAUCCAUGUGAAUGUGGAUCGGGCGAAAAAGGUGAGAAAGUUAAUGAAGUGCUAUUGAAAAACCUAGCCGCGUGCAAGAAAGUUGCCAAUCAUUUCGGCCUGCUUUAUCACGCGAAAGACGACUCGCCCCAUACCCGGGCCAUCAACCGACACUUCUUCAAGAUAUGUGCCGGACAGGAUUACGAUUCCAAACAACAUAAUGUCGUGCAGGCUGCACUGGAUCCUGGAAACUGUGGAAAGUGGACACUUCUCGAACAAAUGCUGCUUCAAUGGCGGAACAAUCCUGAUGACAACAAAGUCUUAAUCUUCUCAAACUCGGUACGAUUGCUCAAGAUGAUCUCCGAAUUUAUCUCCACCUCAUCUACAUUGGCUGGAUUUGCAUUUGACAUGCUCACAGGUGAAGUGGGAAAUACCGAAAGAAUGGACAUGGUGGAUCGGUUUCAAGAUCGAAGUCAAGAUCAUUUCGUUUUGCUAAUCAGUACUCUAGCGGGAGGUGUGGGAUUGAACUUGACAGCUGUGAAUCCUGCGAAUGACCUUCAAGCGAUGGACAGAGCAUUCCGAAUAGGUCAGAAGCGUACUGUUGAUGUAUAUCGUCUCAUCGGACAAGGGACCGUCGAAGAGCUCAUGUAUGAAAGACAAAUCCACAAACAGCAAAGAUCCCGACAGUUGAAUGACGGUACUUUCGAAAGCCGUAUUCAUCAAGGUUUUGAUGGGGCCCGAACAGAGAAAGAUCAAGGUGAACUCUUCGGUAUACAGAAUAUCUUCCGCUUUGACCCAAGGGGUUUCGUAUCUCGAAAUAUAGAACGAGUUAGACAGGCAGAAGAUCGGUUUGUACAGGAUCUUAUCGAAGCUGAAUACAUCGACUCCGAGGGGGAAGAUGAAGAUGAUUCGGAAGACGAAGCUGGCAGAACUAUGAAGAACGAGCGGAAAGCACGAGAUCUACAUAGAGCCCACUUGAGAGCUGCUAGUCAGAGAGGUGGGGAUAAUGACGCGGUAUCGCGAAGGCGAGAGGAGGAUGUCGUCAAUGAUAUAUUGGGCCAUGGCAGUAUCAGUGCAAAGAAGGAUAAUGACGAUAUCCUACAAAAGUUGGGCGUCAACACUCGGAUACAUGAACAAGCGUUCCGAGAUUCGCCCGAGGAAAGAGCGAUCUACGAGAUCGGAGUACAGGUUCUCCGUGAUAAUCCGGAUCUAGCGAGGAAGAUCAAGGCGAAUGAUCUAGGCAAGUUAGGUCGUUCAGUCGUAAGACGCAAAAAGGUCAUCGAUGCGGAUAAUGCUCAUGAUGCCGAGCCAUGGAAAAAGAGAAUACAAGAAAGGACGGAGAAAGCUAAUUCAGAAAACUCGAAAGAAGCCCAGAGGGUUUUGGCUGAAUUGAGCGAUUGA